CGCCGGUCGGGCUGAGCCGGCGUUCCCAGGUCCGCGCCUCCCUGAGCGCCUACGAGAGCUCACCCGCCACCUGGACUGAGCGGGCCUCGGCAGCAGCGUGACUGGAGGGCACAGCAGCGACAGAUAGUUUACCCGACGGUCCCCAGACGCCCGUGUAGCCCCUGCGCCGAGGCGUUGGCUGCCGCGGCCACCGACCGGGAGCCGCGACAGGUGCCGCGUGUAGGGUGCUCUCGGGUCGGCGCUGCGACCGCGGGCGACUCCCGCGCUGUCCCACCGUCCCCGAGCCCGGCCCGCCGCUUGCCGUCAGGGUCCCGGCCCAGGGCCGACGGCGCAGCGGAUGCGUGCGGGGUGAGAGCCCCCAGUCGCCCCGCCAUGGCCGCGCGCCCCGGGCCGCUCUGGCUCCUGGGCCUGGCGCUGUGCGCGCUGAGCGGCGGCGGCCCCGGCGUGCGCCCCGCUCCCGGCUGUCCGCAGCGCCGUCUGGGCCCGCGCGAGCGCCGCGACCUGCAGCGCGAGAUCCUGGCGGUGCUCGGGCUGCCGGGGCGGCCACGGCCCCGCGCGCCGCCCGCCGCCGCCCGGCUGCCCGCGUCCGCGCCGCUCUUCAUGCUGGACCUCUACCACGCCAUGGCCGGCGACGACGACGAGGACGGCGGCCCCCGCGAGCGGCGCCUGGGCCGCACCGACCUGGUCAUGAGCUUCGUCAACAUGGUGGAGCUGGACCGCACCCUGGGCCACCAGGAGCCCCACUGGAAGGAAUUCCGCUUUGACCUGACCCAGAUCCCGGCAGGGGAGGCGGUCACAGCCGCUGAGUUCCGGAUUUACAAGCUGCCCAGCACCCACCCGCUCAACAGGACCUUCCACGUCAGCAUGUUCGAGGUGGUCAGGGAACGGGCCAACAGGGAGUCUGACUUGUUCUUUUUGGAUCUUCAGACGCUCCAAGCUGGGGACGAGGGCUGGCUGGUGUUGGACGUGACAGUAGCCAGUGACCACUGGUUGCUGAACCGUAACAAGGACCUGGGACUCCGCCUUUAUGUGGAAACGGAGGAUGGUCACAGCGUGGAUCCUGGCCUGGCCGGUCUGCUGGGGCAACGGGCGCCGCGCUCCAAACAGCCUUUCAUGGUCACUUUUUUCAGGGCGAGCCCCAGCCCUGUCCGAGCCCCUCGGGCCGUGAGGCCCCUGAGGAAGAGGCUGCCGAAAAAAACCAACGAGCUGCCGCAGCCGAACAAGCUCCCAGGCAUCUUUGAUAACAUCCACGGCUCCCACGGCCGGCAGGUUUGCCGUCGGCACGAGCUCUAUGUCAGCUUCCAGGACCUCGGCUGGCUGGACUGGGUCAUCGCCCCCCAAGGCUACUCAGCCUAUUACUGUGAGGGAGAGUGCUCCUUCCCACUGGACUCCUGCAUGAACGCCACCAACCACGCCAUCCUGCAGUCCCUGGUGCACUUGAUGAAGCCAGACGCAGUCCCCAAGGCGUGCUGUGCGCCCACCAAGCUGAGCGCCACCUCCGUGCUGUACUAUGACAGCAGCAACAACGUCAUCCUGCGCAAACACCGCAACAUGGUGGUCAAGGCCUGCGGCUGCCACUGAGGCCCUGCCCUCGGGAGCCUGCAGCCCCCACCUGGCUCAGGCCCCUCUCCAGGGGCAGGAGACCUUCAAAUGCCGUCACAGUUCCGGCGCAGCUGCAGGGUGGGACCUCAUUCCUCUGCCCACGUCCAGCUCGGUCUGGUCUCCAGGCCCCUUGCCCGUCCCCCCACCCGUAGAGCCUGAGGCACACAGCAGGCUUGGUGAGCGGACAGCACUGUCUGCGGUCAGCACACAAGGCCUAUCUUAGGACCUGCUCUGGCCCUCCUGGCCCACACUGUGGCUGCCCGGGAAUCAUCUGAGUUGCACCUGGAGUGGAAGUGGGGCUGGUUGGGCUUUGCGUCACUCACCACAGGGUUUAGGUGGGCAAUGCUGGGCGUUUCCGGGGCAUAAACAUGAACAUGCCCUCAGUACAGUGUAUUACUGGGUUUCUAACUUGGCCCACGGCCAGUUAGCACAUUAGAAAAACAACAAGCUGGAUGCGCCUCCUGCCCUGGGCCUUCCCUUCUCCUGCCUGGGGAAGAGGUGUGACCCCGAGAAGCAGAGCCUUGGGGGCUUCCAGUUCCCUCGCCGUCUUCAUGUGGGUCUCAGCACUGAGACAAAGGGAACUUGGCCGAAGCAAGGACAAUUUGUGCAGUGAGUGGUCCUGGCAGACGCACAGAAUGCCACCAUCGCUUGUGCCCUUGCCCACAGCCAUCAGCAAUCAGCCGAGGCACUUUUUCCACGGAGUCUGAAGGCACUCAACACAAAACAUUAGGCACCCACCAGCCAUUCAGAGUUGAACUGCUUUCCUACUCCUGCCAUGCUACGGAGCAAUCCAUUCCACCCAGUAUGCGGUGCCUGGGCCGCCUCUGGACGGGCGUGGGGAGAUGGUCAGUGUCUACUGGAGUCUAGGAGGUAAGAGCAGGCUGGUCACCCUGUGUGCCUGAGUCCUGUGCUGCUUUUUUUUUUGGGGGGGGGGGCCUCUGAGCCAAAGAAAAGGCCCCUGUCCCAGGGGAGUGACAGGUGGUAAUUAGGCUGAGCUGGGUGGGGAAGUUCCCGGAAACCACUGUUCUCCUUGGAGCAGCAGAAGCUGUUGGAGUGUUUAUUUGAUUUCUGACUUGCUAAGCCUAUAAUUUACCUGCUGGAGCAGACAGAGUCCAGCUGCCUGAACCCUGAAAUACUGUGUCAUUAAUAGCAGGUCCUGGGCCUGCCCCAACCCACAGGCACAGCCCAGAGGCAGAAUGACCCAGGUGCCCAAGGACACGCAUCCCUGGAAUUCACCCUGCACCCAGGUUCCCGGAGAGCAGGUCUGGAGCAGGGGUGGAGGCUGGGGCCACGCUGCGGGUCAGCAGUCCCCCACCUGGACCUGGGAGGGACUCUGAAAACGACUACAGAGGAAGAGACUCCCCCAUGUACACAGGGGGCUGGUCCAGACUGGAAGGUACUGAGUUCCUCGUUAACCUGGGGCUUCAAGCUCAGGUUGGCAGAGAUUGGACCAAGCACUGGCCAGAAUGUCUGGAGACCUGCAUUCCAGUUCCAACUCAGCCCUGCUUGUUGUCUGGACAAGUCCUCUUCCUGAUUCAGACUUGAGUUUUCCAUCUGUGACAUGAGGAAACAGGCUUCUUCUGUCUCCAAAGGCCCUUCGAGCCAGAGAAUCUUCCUGCCACCCUGACUCCUCUCUCUGAGUCAAGUGCCCAGCUGCCAUAGGACGUAAAGCCUGCCACGUCAGGACCUUAUUUGACAGCUCUCUCCUUCCAGAUCAGGGCAGUGGAGGCUUGGAAACUUCUGACAGAUGUCAACGUUUGGUCUCUUCAAGGCCUAGCACAUAACCCGGCAUGGUUUGGGGGCAUCAGGAAAGUGUGUGAAAUUAAUGUUUUAAAGAUGUGGACCCCUCACCCAUUGGUGUGCUGACUAGGAACGUGAGGAUUGUGACAGGACUUCCUUUUCAUGCAGUAAAGCCGAAAAUGCAGCAGUCACGGCCAUCCUGAGCCUUCCAGCACCUUCGGCCAGCCAGGCGGCCACCACAGAAAAUCCAAUAGAAAAGGCCUCAGAGAAGGGAGAUCCUUAUGGACACAAAGCCCAUGAGGUGGCAGCGUUCUGCUAUCAAGGCCAUUUUAUUUAUCUGGGUGCCCCUGGCAGCCCAGGUUACAUUCAAGGACGCAAAUUAAAGCAUAAACAAGGGCGGGACACUCAGGCCCACUGACAGCAAAGUAAAAGGCUGACAUGAAAGGAGGAAGCAAAUGGCCCAGUUGGGGGCCGUGCAGUGUGGGGUGAACUGCCCUGCCUGCCUCGCCCCCCACCCUCCCAGCACACAUCUUCACAGUCACACUCAGCUUUGGCCUUGAUGCCAGCUUAUCAGGUAAGCCUCGAUUUUUUUGUGUCUCUGUGUAGGGAAGUGGGUAACAUGCUCCAAGAAAUUCCCUACAAUUUCACAGGAAAGGAGGCUGGGAACAGGAGAGAGCGGGGUUUGGAGUCAGCAGACCUGGCAUCAAAUCCUGGCUCUGCCUCUUGUUAAUUUCAGUAAGUUAGAUAACCUCUGAGUUAAAGGUCCUUCCUCUGCAGCAAGGGGUACUGGUUCUGCCCUUGGAAGGCUGUGAUGGAGCUCCGGCCUGUCCGCAGAGCACUGAGCACCAUGUCUGAACACGUGUGUGGAGUGAGGAGCAUCUGUUACUGGUCUUACCGUAAAAGAAUUUGCCACUGUGGGCCUCCUUGUGUGACUUCCUAUUAAAACUUGCUCUUCCCAGAAUGUGUUUGGGAGGUGCUGCUGUAUUUACUUCCAAGCUAUGCUUUUCCUAAGAAAUCUAAACUUGGUCAUUUCCUGGGAUGAGGUGUGGCCUUGCAGCCUCCCGUGCCUGUGAACAGAGCCCUGGCUGGCAGUGACCUGCAGGGGCCUCCGGCCCCGCCUCUCCCGCAGCCCUGCCAGAGUGCGGUGGCCACCUGUGGCCUCACAGGAAGCUAAAGGGACAAACUUUCUAGGGUUUCUCUUCUUACUGGGAAGCCUUGAGCAUUUGAUUCUUUGUUAAGUUUUUCCUCACUUAAGAAAAUAUUACACGUAUGCCAGUGAAAUUGUUGAAAAUAAAAAACAAUACAAACAUGCAUAAUCCCACCAGAGAUAACCCAUUGUUAAUAAUUCCUUCUAGUCUUUUCCUUGGCACAUAUGUAAUUGUCUUUAUACUAUGGAUAUUUUAUAAAGUUAGGAUUAUAUUCUAUGCACUGCUUGUUGAUCUGAUUUAUUCAAUUUGAUACAUUUUGAAAAUUUCUAUUAUUAAAUAUUCUUUGAAAACUGUUUCUAAUAGCAUUCUGUGCCUUGCCUUCUGCCUUAGUUUUCUCAUUGACAAAUCAGGUCCCACCAUUCCUUCCCGGGAGGCCGGCAUGGGGCCCCCAUGACCCUCCCGUUGAGCACCGCCCAGCAUCGGGAAGCAGCCGACACUUGCUGCUAAUGGUCACUGGGCUGCCAUUAGCCUGGAAUCCCUGGACCUGGCACCGCACCUCCAAGUCUCAGGUUACCACCCGUACAAGGGUCAUGGGUGCACUCGGGGUAACUUCUGGGGAAGCCCUUGCACAGCACAGGGUGACCAAUUGCCACACUGGUCCCCCACCCACUGGCCUCCUGGCCUGUCCACUGGUCCCACCUUUCCAGGGCAACCAGGGAAGCACAGUAAGUGACAAGGUCGUUCCCACAACCUCUCCCCACCUCACAGGGUGUGAGAUCAGUCUGCUCCACGUCCCUGCAUGUCCUACCCAGAGCGGCCACACUGAGUACUUCACACACAUCCUCGUCCCUCUUAGACGUCACACCAGUCCUGAAUGACUGCCAUUCUCCUGGCCUCACUGCUGCCCAUCCCGACAGCCGUGACUGACCGCCCAGGAGAGGGACACCUAAGUUAAGGAGGGUCUAAGUGAGGGUCUCUGUUGGGAAUACCGCCAGUAGUAAAUCCUGGCCACAGGAGCGGGCCCCAGCCAACCAAAGGGGAGAGGCCCCACCUGAAGGCAGACCCAGGCUGACUCAGGGUGCCAGAGGUAGGGCUAGCACCCAUCCCUCUGCAGGAGCUGGCCUGGGGUCACUGGGGACACGGGCCAGCAGGCUUCUCCCCCUUCCUCCAGGCUCAACCUGAUCUUAACCCAAAAGAAGAGCCAGGCCAGCCCAGCAGUUUCAUUUCUGAGUGUGGAGAUUUGAUUCAGAUAGAACUACUGGCAGGUGGCAGAACAGGUGGCAGUCCUGAAGGAGGUUUCUGGUGACUGAUGGUUUCUGGUGCUUAGUCCCAGCUCCUAAGAGAUGCUGGGAGGUGGCCUGGCUGAUUGAAAACUGGUACAGGGUGAGAGACUAGCCUAGCGC